CGAUCACUAAUGUGGGUCUGAAAUUGGCCUACAAAAAUCAAAACUGAACCGGACGGGAGGGGAAUCACACUGGACAGAACCCGAUCUAGUCCAUUGCAUACCCGUUUCACGUGUAACUCGAAUUCAGAUCCAAUCUGAGUUAUAGAACGAGGGAAACUGCUCACCGACAAUUUUCCUUCACCCUCCUCAUUGAUCCGCUUUACAUUCUACAAAAUUCUUUAUUGAACUACCACAUAAGCAACUGCUCCGGAUUCCGUUUGGGUUGAUAAUUCUUAGCCAAAAGAUAUAAAAAGGCAUCACUUUUAGACGAUCUGGGGAGUCAUUUGCAGAGGAAGUUGGAGAAUCGACGAAGGUCAUUUUUUCUUGGAGAUUCUUUUCUCUUGCACAACUUAGAAUUUAAGAAAAUCCAUCAUGUUCAAGCUGUCACCCCGUAGAAACCAGAGAUCGAAAGGUUUCAAGGUAAAGCAUGUUUUGCAGAUAAGCUUGCUGAUUGGUGUUUGCAUAUGGUUGGUUUACCAAGUCCAACACUCCAACAACAAGAAGGCUUCAUUGGAAAGAAGUGCCAAAAUCUCGGAGAAAGUUGGGAAUGAUAUUCUAAAGUUAGGGAGGAAGGACCUUGAUUCUCGAGCGGAAGAAGCAACUAUAGAGGAUCAGAAGCAUAAAGAGGAAGAAGAAGAAGAAGAAAACAAACAUCUUGGUGAAGAAAGCAAGAUUGAUGAGGGUGAGACUGAAGGGGUCACAAAUGAUGAAAUGCAUGAACAAGUGCCAGAGAAAGUAGGCGAGGAAGGUGAGAACGGAGGCAAUUUCGGAGAUAGAGAAAAGGAGGCAGAAGGGAACAAAGAGAAUGACAGAAAGGAGGAGAGGGAGGAAACUACAGAGAAGGAAAUCAAGGAGGAAGAAAGUGACCAGGGUAAAAUUGAGGAAGGUGAACUAAAGGAAAUGAAAGAGGAAGAGACAGAACAGAACAAAGAAAUUUUUAAGGAACAGAAUGAAGGUGAAGAGAGGGAAAUCAAAGAGGAGGAGAGUGAUGAGAACAAAGAAAAGCAAGUUGAAGAAAGUGAACGAGGGAAAGAGAGAGGAAGUGAAGAGAAGGAGAGUGACGAGAACAAAGAAAAGCAAGUUGAAGAAAGUGAACAAGGGAAAGAGAGAGGAAGUGAAAAGAAGGAGAGUGAAGAGACUGGAGAGAGCAAGGACAAUGGAAGUGAAGAGACGAAAGAGGAAAAAGAACAACAGGAAAAUAAGGAAGAGAGCAGAGGUUCUGAAAGCGAGGAAAAAGAGAGGGAGGAAAACAAAGAAGGGGACACUGAAGGAAAGGAGGGGGAAAAUGAGAAGGCCAAAAAGGCAGAUAAAACUGAGGAUUCGGGUCGAUCGGAGAAUCAGUUUAAUGAUGGAAAUGAUGGGAGCAAGGAAGCAGCCGGAGGGGAAGAUCACAAGGGCGAAUCUUCCAUUGAAGAAGUCAAGGAUUCUCAAAAUAAGUAUUCAAAUGAGAAAGGAGGCCUAGAGAAAUCAAAUGAGGAGCUGCAGUUACAAAACAAGAAACAGAACGAAUUAGAGAACUAUACUGAUAAAUCUGAGGUGAGCACUGAAAACCAGAACGAUUCAGGCUCAGAUUUGAAGGAAACUAACACAAAUGAGGAGCAGCAGUUACAAAACAAGGAACAGAAUGAAUCGGAGAACACCGAUAAAUCCAAGGUGAGCAAUGAAAAUCAGAAUGAUUCGGGCUCGGAGUUGAAGGAGAGUGAAAAAGUGGAAAAGAAUAAUUCUUCAGAUGUAGUGGUCAAUAAGGGUAUUGGUAAUGAGACCACGGUAACAAAUGCUGAUGAACACCAGCAAGAGGACAAUGGCUCUACUGUGUCUAAUGGGGAAAACUCCAGUUCAUCCCAAGAAGAUGGAGUAAACAAAAAAUCCGAUUUUACUCAACAGCAAGGUGAAACUACGAAAAACGCAAUUUCUGAAGGAGAUGACAACCAAACUGUUUUGGAGCAAACUGAAACAACAGAUGCAGCUGCCAGUAGCAGAACAUCUGAUUCAAAUUCAAUUCCUUUGGAAACAACUGAGAAUAAAGGCAAAUCAUCAUAUUCAGAUUCAACACCAUCCAGCAUGACUGAAAAUGCCAGUGAAAACUCAUUUUCAGAUUCAACUCAUACAGAUAGAGAAAACGAAGAACCAACAGAUUCUGCAAAUAAUGUUGAGAAUGUUGCCUCCAAUGAUCAGAAUGGUUAUUUGAGUACAUCAGCAGGAACCGAUACAAAAGGGAAUGAUGACACCAAUCAGGAAAAGGAGUCGAAUUCAAAUUCUGGAGUUGGAGCAGAAGAAAAGGGUAAAACCUCUAGCGGUAACGAAAGAGGAGAUGAUAAGCAAAACGAAUCGGUAAAUAAUUCUGAAUCAUCUAAAACAGAUGACAAUGCUGGUAGCACUCAGCAAGAUCCAGUCGACUCUUCAGAUUCUUCGAUCCCCCAAGAAGAGAAAGACGCUCGCACGGACCUGGGAACGUUACCGGAGAUGAAGACCGAAGGAACCAACAACGAUGAUAUUGCUGCAAAGUGACAUCCUUUACGAGAUUCUUGCUAGCUAGUUUGCAUCAUCAGAUGGUGGCCACUUGUAGAUUUUAAGGGUAUUGUUUUUGGUUAAUGUAUUUUGUAUUCUCCCCCUAUGAUUUCUUUAUUCGUCCAUUGCACAGGGCAUUGCCUUUGUUGCUCGCUGCUCCGUGCUCUUAGUCACUACACUAGUGUGAAAGAGAAUUGAAUGUUAGAAAAAAGUUCAGUUGGGAAACUCAAGUAUUUUGUGUGGUUUACUGUAUCACAUAGUUAAAUCCAUUCGUGAUCUAUUGUUCUA